GUCGCGACCAGGAAGUCAGACGGGCAGGGGCCGCCCCGCUUUGCGAAGGGCCCCGCGCUCCUCCUCCUGCUCCCGCGUGCCGCCCACCCUGUCUCACGUGGGGCGCAGCCACGCCCCACCUGUGCGGGCGGCCACGCGGCUGCCACCUCCCGCGCGCGGACAUGGCCCUCGACCCCACAGCUGGGUGGCUGGUGAUGGUCCAGUCUAACAACACGAUGCUCAUUGGAAAUUCAGAUGAAAGCAGACAUGGAAACAAGAUUGGAAUGGAAAGUAAGAAAGUGGACUCAGCAAAGCAGCAUCUCAGACAUGUCGAAAAAGAUGUUUUGAUCCCCAAAAUAAUGAGAGAAAAGGCCCGAGAGAGAUGUUCUGAACAAGUUGAAGAUUUCACUAAAUGUUGCAAGGACUCUGGAAUCCUUAUGGUAGUAAAAUGCCGCAAAGAAAAUUCUGCAUUGAAAGAAUGUCUAACUGCUUACUAUAAUGAUCCAACCUUUUAUGAAGAAUGCAAAAUGGAAUACCUGAAGGAAAGGGAAGAAUUCAGAAAAACUGGAAUUCCUACCAAGAAAAGGCUGCAGAAGCUUCCCACAAGCAUGUAGGCAAAUAUUCAAAUGAUACUCAGUAAUGCCAAUGUUCAUGGAAAUCACAGUCACCUGAAAUGAUGGACUCAAAGAAGUGUUUGCUUUAUCCUUAAUUAUGGAAAUAAUUUUAUCUGAAAUAAAGAUUUUUUUUAAACUUCAAA